CGUCGCCGCGCUGCGCCCCCGGGGGGCGCGCGGCGGUGGCCCGCGGCGGGGCGCGCUGCGGCGGCCCGCGCCUGCGGGAUGCCCGCGGCGCCCAGGCAGAAGGGUGCUCUUCGCAGGCCCCAGGAGGACCGCUCCCUGAAGGCGACUGUGAUCGGCCGCGUCUACAGCGGCGGCAAGGGACGUGGGCGUCGUGCUCCGAGGGGGACGGCAUGCUCUCUUGGCACCCUGCGGGCGCAGCGCCGCAGCCGGCACCGUCCGUGUGGUUCCUGCCGAGCUCUCUCCCAAAGCAGGCACCUCUUGUGGGGCGGUCUGGCAGGGGCGCCGCCGGCGUGCUCCUGGGCGUGGCGCGGGGCCGGUCGGCGAGGGCUGCAGGGCCUUCUCACGCCGAGCCUGCACUCGUACUUCUGGUGGUCAACCCUCUUCUACCUGGCCUCCUUCAUAGCCAUCACGCUUGAGAUGCCGAAGAUCCACGAGUUCCACUGCAACGUGUCCCCGCUGGAGUCGGACGGAGGCAAGGGGUGCCUGGAAUGUCACGACGUGCUCAUCUUCUGCGACCUGGAGGAUGCGUGCUACCGCAGCGCUCUCAACGCUACAUACCAGGGGUUUUCCAAGAAUCCCGAGGAUCCGCACUACUCGGACUUGCAGCUGGCUGCGGUGGACGUGGAGUUCCUGAAAGCGAUGGCCACCUUCAACAUGGCAACCCAGACGCCGGUGAAGACUGUCCAGACGCUGCUAGCCAUGGAGCUCGAGGUGGCAGAAGAGUCCAUCAUGUGGCACUGCAUGGUGCUCAAGAUGGCGUUGGGGCAGUAUGAAUUUCCGGAAACUACUCCCGACGUGUGGGGCGUGGGCGAGAAUUGCCCCGG